GCUCGGUAUCAGUGCUCAGGGCAGUUGGUCAGAAGUGCGUCAGAAGCGAUGAACUCAUCGGAGGGGAGGGGACUGGAGAGGCGUCGCUUGUCAGACUUAUAGCGCAGCGAGUAUCAGCACUGGGUGGCCAAAGACGGGCGAGUUUAACGCGCAGUGAAGAAUCGUGAGAGGCAGCGCGAGCCGAAAGCAUCUUUUCAGGACCUUGGACAGAGCGCGUGCACAAUGGCACCACUGACGACAGAAGAAGCACAUAUAGCGGAGGUUCCUGUGAGCGUGGCGGUGGUGAGUGUGUUUGGCCUGGUCUUCAGUGUCUCCAUCUUUGCAUGGAUUUGCUGUCAGCGCAAAGCCAACAAGGCUAGUAACAAGACCCCACCCUAUAAGUUUGUCCACAUGCUGAAGGGGGUUGACAUCUAUCCUGAGAGUCUGAAUGGAAAGAAGAAGUUUGGAGGAGAAAAGACACCAGAAGCCAAUGGAAAACAGACCCUCAGUCCCAGCGGUGGACGGCCAGAGCUCCAUCUGGACCUGGAGAAACGAGAUCUUAAUGGUAACUUCACUUCCAAGCCACCAACCCUCCAACUCAAAGUGCGUAGUUCCCCAGACCUGGACAUCCCAUCUCUUCAGGCUGGCUUUGGGCCAGGUGAUAAUCAGGAGGCUAGCACUCCAGAAAGCAUUCUGUCCAGUCAGACACAAACACCGGCUGUGGAGAAAUCUAAGGACAAAGAGGGUGGCCUCGGAACCCUCCACUUUUCGGUUGAGUACAACUUUGAGAAGAAGGCUUUCAUGGUUCACAUUAAGGAGGCACAUGGAUUGUCUCCCACGGAUGAACAAUCAUUGACCUCUGACCCCUAUAUCAAGCUGACCUUGCUGCCUGAGAAGAAGCACAAGGUGAAGACACGUGUUUUGAGGAAGACUCUUGACCCAGCCUUCGACGAGACCUUCAGCUUCUAUGGAAUCCCAUAUGCACGGGUUUCCCAACUGGCUUUGCAUUUCAUGGUGCUGAGUUUCGACCGCUUUUCACGAGAUGAAGUGAUCGGAGAGACCCUCGUUCCUCUGACUGACAUUGACCUGUCUGAGGGGCGCAUCCUCAUGAGUCGAGACAUUAUUAAAAGGAAUGUCAAGAGGAGUGCUGGUCGAGGAGAGCUGCUUCUGUCCCUGUGUUAUCAGUCAACCACAAGUACUCUGACUGUGGUGGUACUGAAAGCCCGCCACCUGCCCAAGACUGACUCCAAUGGACCUUCAGACCCUUAUGUAAAGGUGAACCUGUUCCAGGGGAAGAAGCGAGUGUGUAAGAAGAAGACACACGUGAAAAAGUGUGCCCCCAACCCCGUCUUCAACGAGCUCUUCGUUUUCGACCUGCCCUCGGAAGGUGGCCUGCGAGACACCAGCGUGGAGCUCCUCCUGCUGGACUCCGACAGGACAUCCCGUACACCUGUCAUUGGCCGGCUCCUCCUGGGCACCUCCUCCCCUGGCACUGCUGGCGAGCACUGGCGCGAGAUCUGCGACCACCCGCGGCGACAGAUCGCUAAGUGGCACGCGCUGUCCGAAGACUAGCU